AAGGACGACGGCAGCAACCAUCGGCGCGAGGCGCCCGCGGAAGCCAAGGCGUUGAAUUCGCAAAACCGCGCCAUUUCGAAGUACGAGUGCGACUUGAUCGUCGGACGCAUGCCCGGAGCCACGGGCAGUCGCUUACAAAUCGCUGCCGGCUCGGAAGGUGAAGGCGAUGGCGGUGCCAAUUCCGACGAGGACAUUCCCUUUGCCAUCAACGACGCCAGCCUGCCGCCGCAGUUGGAAUGCAGCACGGUGCUCCGGACAAAGAAUGCCAGAGGGCUGGGUCUGCAUCUUUCCGAGUGUUCCGGGACGGAUCCGACGGAUGAUACUCUGCUCGCAAGUGUUUCUCGCUCUUCUGGUGGUCCUUCCACUGAUUCCUCUGCACAUCGCCAUCCUCAACGCAACGCAGAAGACGAUGACGGGCUCCAAGACGGAAGGCCCCCGUCCCCUCCACCAGCAGCAGCUGGCGGCUCCGGCUCCGUGCUGCUACCAGGAUUUCCGCCGAUCCUCAAUAGCAAAUUGAAGCACCCGCCCGACGCGCCGCGCUUAACGUUCAUCAAGAAGAAUGUCGGCAAGAACUUUGCAUUGCUCGAAGGCGAGCUGGCGAGAACAAUUGGAAAUGCGCUCGACCGCCCGGACACUUGGCCGCCCUUUGAGAACAGCAGCGAUGAGACGAAGAAAGUGCCGCUUAAGGUGGAUAUUCGGCAUGGUGACAUCGUGCGGAUCGGGGUCAGACAUGCACUGCU